AGGGGGAGCGUGGCGAUGUCGGGACAGACAGUGAUCAGGGCCAAGGUGGUGAGCGAGAAGGAGGUGGGCUCCGGCAACGACGUCUACGGGGUUCAUGGAGUUUGCAGCUGCGGCCACUCGGCUGACCCGGGCCCCCCAUCAUCUUUCCAGAUGUUCAAGGGACCUGACAGGGACAUCGAGUUCAUCUACACAGCCCCGUCCUCCGCCAUCUGCGGGGUCUCGCUGGACGUCGGAGGCAAGAAGGAGUAUCUCAUCGCAGGAAAGGCCGAUGGGAGCGGCAAGAUGCACAUCACCCUCUGUGACUUCAUUGUGCCCUGGGACACCCUGAGCACCACCCAGAAGAAGAGCCUGAACCACAGGUACCAGAUGGGCUGUGAGUGCAAGAUCACGCGCUGCCCCAUGAUCCCCUGCUACAUCUCCUCCGUGGACGAGUGCCUGUGGAUGGACUGGGUCACCGAGAAGAGCAUCAACGGGCACCAGGCCAAGUUCUUCGCCUGCAUCAAGAGGAACGACGGCUCCUGCGCCUGGUACCGCGGGGCGGCGCCCCCCAAGCAGGAGUUUCUCGACAUCCAGGACCCCUAGAGGCCGCGGCCCCUCGGCCAAUGGGAAGCCUCCAAGAGCGUAGACUGGUCCAGCUCCGGCAUCCCUUCCUGGAAAUAGCAUGAAUAAAACCGUCAUCCAAGUGGGUCUAAAUAGUGUCAUUCUCCCCCGUGUAGCCCCUUACGUACAGCUGUGGUCCUGGAGGGAGAGGUGGGUCCCACCCUGCGCCCCCAGCCUGGGCUCUGUGCGGCCAGCCUCCAUCCUGGCUGCGGGCAGGGGUGGGACCUGGCUUCCCUCCCAGGCCCAUCCUGGCGCUGUCACAGACGCUGAGCAGGCAGCACCUAGGGGUCCCCCUCCCCCCGGCCUGGUCAGGGCAGAGCCUGGAUAUGUGCAUUUUGAAAAAACUCCAGGGUCGUAGCAAGACUGUGUAGCAGGUCUACCAGGUCCCUCCCUCCUGACAGGGGCGUGUCUUCCACACCUCUGGCCCUGGGGUGUCAUCCCCACCCCUUGCAAGUCCCCCGCCCCCAGGCUCCCUGAGCUGACCUCGGGCUCCCAAACCAGCGACUCCUGUGUGGGGAGCAGCUUGGUCUGGAAGGAGCCCUGAUUACUCUUCUGCACCCAGAGAAUUCUGGGGGGCCUCCCCCGGCUGGGGCGAUGUGAGAGUGACCAGUGGGUCAUGGCAUCACCCCUGCACUCCUCCUCUAGCCCUUAGGGGGCGUGAGACGCUCUGCCCCGAGGACAGAGGUCGGGGGACACUUGGCUGCCCUUGGCUUGUUCUUGAGCUUCUGAGGUCCCUCCAGCCGCCGCCGCCUCCUCCUCCUCCUCCUCCUUCUCCUCCUCCUCCUCCGGCAUCCAUGUCUAGAGGGAGUUGCAUGGAUUGGCUUUGCGGGGAGUUGCUUGGGGCCAGUGGCCAGAGCUAGCUGUGCUGUCUGUGUUACUUCCUGGGGACGGAAAGCUGGGUCCCGCUGGGCCCCCCAUCGGCGGAGGUUUAGUAUGCGCCGCCCCCCCCCAGACUGACAGUGCCGCUCUGUGCCUGGAUCUCUGCGGGGGAAGCCAGCCAAGGGUCUGAUGAAGUCCCUAGGGAGGCGCAGGCGGCUUCGGGGAGACUCCGGUCUUUCUGGGCCCCCGGGCCGGUUGCGGCUUUGCGAGGCGCUCAUUUUCCUUCCCAUGAGUUCUCGGCUUGCAGGCCAACGAGGUGCAGCGCGCCCCCCUCUGCUGAUGGUCCUUCCAUUCCCACGAUGCCUCCAUUCAGGAGCCUCAUUCAGGGGGAGCCGGGGGCCUGUGUGCUCCCUAAGAAUGGCUGUCCGACGCCGGCACAUGGGGUGGCCACGGGCAGGCCCUGCCCAGCAGAAUGAAGAGAAUCCUUCCGCCCCUGCUGGUUUUGUAAAGACGGCCAGUUCUGAGUUUAUCGUGCUCGUGAGGCAGACCCACACCCACAGAAGCACAGGGGGGUGCGCACGCACGCACAUGAGGCAGGGCCGCUGGCCCGCGGGCGGUCACCGUCUUCUGAGACUGCUCUGCUCUGCGGUGCCCUGUGCCCGUCAGGCCCCGUCUCCCCAUGGCACGCGGCCCCGUGGCUGCCCGCGGCCUGGUCGGCAUGGACUUGGAUGACUUCCCUUUUGGGCACAGACUAGGGGGUCCAGGCAUUGGCCCCGCCCAGGGCUUUCGGGGCGUGCAGGGGGGACGUCUGUGAGAUGUCGGGGUGGACCGGUCCCGGGGUCGCAGUGUAGACCAGAACGCCCGCCCGUGCUUCCCGCCUGGUGUCCCCAUGUGUAACCUUGACUCCCGUUCCUGCUGCCCCCGUGUUCGGUUUGUCUCUGACAUCGGCUGUGACCGUUCCCGUGCUGUGUUUCUGUGGCCCUCGGUAGGCGGUAGGCGGGCACUUGUUUUUUUUUCCAAGUGUCUGCAUCUCGGAAGCAUUUGGCCCAGAGUGUGAGCGGGGCGGUGGCUCCCUCGGCCGCAGCCUGACCUCUUUGAGUAUCGUUGCUGUUUCUGCCUCCCAUCUUCUCUCUGGUUCAAAUUAUUACAAAAGAAAGGAUUGAAAGGGUGGCCUUCAUAUUUAAUCCAUGCCCGUUGGCCUGUGAGCCGUGCCCAGCAGGAAAACACCAAAAAAACCCGAAAGGAAGGCCAGGGGGCAGCCGACUGCCAAAGCGGCUCAGGCACCUGCACGUAGAUCUUCGCAGCGCGUACGGGGUCAGAGGCUCCGCUCGGCGUUGUUCAUGUAUGUUAUACUCCUCCCUCCGCGUCUUCACGCAGCAACUCACGCUAUUUAAAUAAAGUUUACAUGGUAGUUCUCCUCCACCCUUUGCUUGAUGAUAAUAUCGGACUUGCUGCCAUAAUUUAAAGCUUUGUGGAUUUUGUUGGAUUUCUUUGUGUGUUUUUUUAAAAAUAGAAACUUUUGGGGGGCAAUGUGUGUUUGCUGGGAUAGGACCUUCCUGUGCUGGGAACACACGCGAGCCGUGGCCAGUGGACAGGCAGCCUGCGCAUGUCUCUGAUGCUUUGUACCAUUCCUGAGUGAGCGCUCGGCCAGCGGACAAUAAACAGCAUUAUCAC